AUGGAACGUGACAGCUUGCUUUUCGAGGACUUGAAAGUACUUGUCGAAGAAUUCACCACAGCUGAAAAGCUUGCCGAACUUUUCCACGACAGUGACACCCAAGUUAACGAGUCACUGAAUCAACAGAUCGCAUGGCUGGCUCCCAAAGCAAAGACGUACUGCGGUAGCGUUUCGUUGGUGAUGCGAGUCCGUAUUGCAAUUGCCAUCCAUCUGGUUGGUAACAGGGCUCUGUGGCAUGACUUGUUCUUCCAUGUUGGGUUGGAUGUAGACUUGUUGACAGAGUACCGACUUCUCCUAAGGGACCGACAAAGAAACAGUAAGUUAGAGACAUCAAGGAAAAAGGAGUUCCGUGUCAAACGCAAAAAGACAAUGCAUGACAAGAUACAGGGUUACAUGAAACAACUGCGGAUUGAUCGAGCGAACGGCAUGGCUUACCAGACUGGCUCCGCGAUGGAAAGUGAAGAAACGAACGGUAGGGGGCCAUUGUCGGAGGUAGUUUGUUCGAAAUGUAAUCGGAGAGGACAUAAAGAUGCGAGGAGUGGAUUGUGUCCAAAUAAUGGGAGGAACCGACGUAAGAGGAGUAGGGUGGAUCCCCCCAAUGAAACAUCCGUCGGCGAAGAAGAACAUAACAAUGUUGUUCCUAGGAAUGAAGACGAGGAUAACGAGGAUGGCGCUACGAAUGAAAUUUCGCUCAUAGAUAACAUUCCCCUCACAAGCGAUCCACGAAUCGCGGAGCUGUCGGAAUCGCUAGCAAAUGACAGUUGA